ACGCCGUGAGAGGAUUCGGAGUCAGUGAGUGGAACUGGGCUCCAGAAGAGGGACAGAGCCAGUAUCCCAAAGAUUCUCCUUCGGGUUUACGAGUGCCGCGCUCUUCCUCCUUGCCUUUCCGACCCCUCUCUUCAAGCUUCUUUGUUCCUCCUCCAGGUCGUGUUGAGGGACUUCAGCCCCAAAGCGGCUCUCUGAGGUUUGGGAGCUGGGAAGGAAGUCCUCGUUCCCUGGUGUUCCCGGCGUUACCGGUAUUUGAUUUCUUCAGGCAUUUGUCCAGUUACACAUUUAAAAAUGGCAUCCAAACAAGAAAUCAUGAGUGACCAACGGUUCAGGCGUGUUGCAAAGGACCCAAGAUUUUGGGAAAUGCCAGAAAAGGAUCGAAAAGUCAAAAUUGACAAGAGAUUUCGAGCAAUGUUUCAUGACAAAAAGUUCAAAUUGAAUUAUGCUGUGGAUAAAAGAGGACGUCCUAUCAACCACAGCACUACAGAGGACUUGAAACGUUUUUACGACCUUUCAGAUUCUGAUUCGGAUCUCUCUGAUGAGGAUAAUAAAACACUGAGUCAAAAGAAAAUGAGGAAGAAAAAACCCCAGACUAUAAAUGAAGUAGAGUCAAGAAAUCUUGUUGAAGAUAAAAAGAAAAAAAACAAAACAAUUUGUCAAAAAGGUUCUAGAAAUAAGAAUGAUUUAGAUAACUCUGAGAGAACUCAGAAAAUGAAAACUUCAUGCAAAUCUAAGAAGAUAGACUCAGUAAGUCCUGAGAAAGAUAGCAAAGAAUUUACACAAAAAAGUACAAAAGGGGAAAAAAACACAGUCCAGCAUAGCACAGACUCGUUUCCCAAAGGACAACUAAGAACGGUAGACUCAGGCACCUCUGAGAUUGUUCAGUCUCCCAAGGUCAAGUAUUCUGAGACAAGAAGAAGAAAAAUGCAAUCAGUGGUUCCAUUCAUAAUGGCAAGAGACAGUGAUGGUCAUGAAGACUCAACAGGUGGUAAAAUGUUUGACAAAGAUGCUCUGGAGGAAGAUUCAGAAAGUGCUAGUGAAACAGGAAGUGAUGAAGAAUCUGAAGAUGAAAUUACAGGCAUUUGUAGGGCUGCUGCUGCUGAUCUUCAUGAUGAAGAAGAAGAAGAAGAAGAUGAUGAUGAUGGAAUUGAAAAUGAUGAGGAAGACGAGGAUAGUGAGGAUAAUGAUGAAAGUGACAGUGGCCCUGAUCUUGCAAGGGGCAAAGGAAAUAUAGAAACCAGUUCUGAAGAUGAAGACGAUAUGGCAGAUUUACUUCCAGAGGAAUCUGGUUUUGAGCAUGCUUGGAGAGAAUUAGAUAAAGAUGCUCCUCGGGCUGAUGAGAUUACGUGUCGAUUAGCAGUUUGCAACAUGGAUUGGGAUAGAUUGAAGGCAAAAGAUUUGCUGGCUUUGUUCAAUUCAUUUAAACCUAAAGGAGGUGUUAUAUUUUCUGUAAAGAUAUAUCCUUCGGAGUUUGGAAAGGAGAGGAUGAAGGAAGAGCAUGUUCAAGGACCAGUGGAGUUAUUAAGCAUUCCUGAGGAUGCUCCUGAAAAGGACUGGGCCUCUAGAGAAAAACUGAGAGAUUAUCAAUUCAAACGACUGAAAUACUAUUAUGCAGUAGUAGACUGUGAUUCUCCUGAAACAGCCGCUAAAAUUUAUGAGGAUUGUGAUGGCCUGGAAUUCGAAAGCAGUUGUUCGUUUGUAGAUCUAAGGUUUAUACCAGAUGAUAUUACUUUUGAUGAUGAGCCCAAGGAUGUAGCCUCAGAAGUGGAUUUAACAGCAUACAAACCAAAAUAUUUCACAUCUGCUGCAAUGGGAACAUCAACGGUGGAGAUCACUUGGGAUGAGACUGAUCAUGAAAGAAUUACAACACUCAACAGGAAAUUUAAAAAGGAAGAGCUUUUGGACAUGGAUUUUCAAGCCUAUUUAGCUUCUUCCAGUGAAGAUGAAGAGGAAAUAGAAGAAGAACCGCAAGGUGAUGAUGGAGUCAGUAUAGAAGAAGAUGGGAAAACAAAAAAAGGUCAGAAGGAUGAUGAAGAACAUAUUGCUAAAUAUAGGCAACUCUUACAAGUUAUUCAAGACAAAGAAAAGAAAGGCAAAGAAAAUGAUAUGGAAAUGGAAAUUAAGUGGGUUCCAGGCCUUAAAGAAAGUGCAGAAGAGAUGGUCAAAAACAAAUUGGAAGGAAAGGAUAAACUGACCCCUUGGGAACAAUUUUUAGAGAAGAAGAAAGAGAAAAAAAGACUGAAAAAGAAACAAAAGGCUCUUGCUGAAGAGGCCAGUGAAGAUGAUGUUCCCUCUGAUGUUGAUAUGAAUGACCCAUACUUUGCUGAAGAAGCUAAAAAAAUAGGUAUAAAAGAAAAGAAAAAAUCAACAAAAUCUGCAAAAGAUGACAUAUCUCCAGAGGAAGAAGCUGAAAUAGAAAGACAAAAGGCUGAAAUGGCUUUGCUUGUGAUGGAUGAGGAGGAAGAGAGCAAGAAACACUUCAAUUAUAACAAGAUUGUGGAGCACCAGAAUCUGAGCAAAAAGAAGAAAAAACAGCUCAUGAAGAAGAAGGAAUUACUGGAGGAUGACUUUGAGGUCAAUGUUAAGGAUGCAAGGUUUCAGGCAAUGUAUACUUCCCACUUGUUCAAUUUGGAUCCUUCAGAUCCUAAUUUCAAGAAAACAAAAGCUAUGGAAAAAAUCCUUGAGGAGAAAGCCCGUCAAAGAGAACAAAAAGAGCAAGAACUUACUCAGGCAGUAAAGAAAAAGGAGAGUGAAAUUCAAAAGGAAUCACACAAGAGAUCCAUUGAUCCUGCCUUGUCAAUGUUGAUUAAAUCUGUAAAAAACAAAACAGAGCAGUUUCAAGCAAGAAAAAAGCAAAAAGUCAAAUAAUUGUUUGUUGUUUCUUUUUGAAUUGAGAAUGUAGAAAGUAUACAGAAGUGGUGGAAGGAUUACUUAUUGGGAACAGUCUACCUUUCAAGAAUAUUAGUAAAAUCUGACAGUCAUAAAAUUUAUUUUCCAUGUAUAACAGACCUAAUUGUGGGUGGUUGAAAGAUUUGUACUGUAUAUUUCCACAAAUUAAUCAUAAUCAAUCCAGACUAUAAGGUUUAUAAAAUUUUAAUAUUUUUUACUCUGUUAGCUUUUUUAAAGACUGUUUACAAUUCCUAUGUAAAAAAUAGAGUACUACCCAAGUCUUGAGUUGGAGUAAGAGUUGGGAACAAUUUGAAAAUAUGUAUAUGCAAUACAUUAAUUUCUCUGGAAGCAGGAGGCAGAUUUAGAUAUUUGUUUAAGUAAUUUAUUUUUCUAGCCAUAAUGAAUAGAAGCUAGUAACUUUCUUUGUUGUUUGGUCAUGUUUAUUAUAGUUCAUUAAUUUAUAAAUAAAAGUUUUUAUUAUUUUGUGUA